AUGUUCGAGGCUCGUCUUCAGCAGGCAGAUGUUUGGAAGAAAAUAAUCGAUGCUGUGAAAGAUCUCGUUCAAGAGGCAACUCUUGAUUGUUCCGACAGCGGAAUUAGCCUGCAGGCUAUGGACAGUGCACAUGUGAGCCUGGUUUCUUUGCUCCUACGCAGCGAUGGCUUUGAGACAUACCGCUGCGACAGAAAUAUCUCUUUGGGUCUAAACAUAACCAGGCAGGUUUCUCGAGAAAUACUAAUUUUCCAGUGCUUCCAAAAUCCUUAAAUGUGCUGGUGGAACAGAUUCAGUCACGCUUAAGGCGGGAGACCAGGCGGACACAAUCACUUUCCUCUUCGAAUCUCGAAGUAAGUGGUAGUUUUCCUUUUAAUAUUUUUCAGAUCAAGAGAAGGUAUCCGAGUUCGAGAUUAAGUUGAUGGAUUUGGAUGUGGACCACUUGGGAAUCCCGGUACGGACUCAUGCUUACGUUUAUUUUCCAUAGGAAACCGAUUACAAGUGUGUUAUAAAAAUGCCAGCCUCCGAGCUCCAAAGAAUUUGCCGAGAUCUCGGUCAAAUUGGUGACUCGGUCGUUAUUUCUGUUGCUAAGGAUGGCGUGCGGUUCAGCUCUACUGGUGAUCUUGGGUCUGGAAACAUUAAGCUUGCUCAGACCGCCAACGCCGAUAAACCUGAGGAGUCGGUGUCAAUAGAAAUGAGUGAAGCCGUCAGCAUGACUUAUUCCCUGCACUACUUCAAUAUAUUUGCUAAAGCUGCACCGCUCUCCAGCCAAGUUACGCUUUCCCUGACAGAAAAUGUUCCUGCAGGUAAUAUUUCCUCCUCGCUAACUCUUGGUAGUGGUCGAAUUCUCAAUUGA